AUGGUUCCAGCAAUAUUAGCACUUCCAGUGCUCUUUCUCGCACUGGCACUCACACUCACCAUAUUGUUCCUAAUAAGUAAACAUUAUGAUAGAUCACUGCCACCGGGACCACCGGCAUUUCCGGUCUUCGGUAACCUCCCCAUGCUGCUGGGGAAGUCACCUCACCGAACACUCCAAGCCAUGGCCCAAAGAUACGGCCCGACCAUGUCCCUGCAGUUAGGACAGGUCCCAGUCGUGGUUGUCUCAAACUCCGAAGCCGCAGAAGCGUUCCUCAAGACACACGAAGCUGCUUUUGCUAGCCGCCCCAAAAUGCAAGCCAGCGAUUGCGUAUUAUACGGCUCCAAAGGGUUAGUGUUCUCGGAGUUCGGACCGUACUGGCGCAGCAUGAGGAGGCUGUUUACGUCGCAGCUUCUGAGUGCGUCGAAGGUUUCGUCCUUUGCGCGUGCGAGAGAGAGGGGUGUGAAAGUGGCGGUGAAAGCGAUCAAGAAAGCCGCAGGAAGGGGAGAGGUGGUGGAUAUUAGUGAAUUGGUUAAUAAUGUUGCAGAGGAUGUUGUGUAUAGGAUAGUGUUGGGGCGUAGUAGGCAUGACGAGUUUCAUUUGGCAAGCCUAUUGCAUGAGGCUAUUAACCUCGCUGGAGCCUUUAAUGUUGCAGAUUACUUGCCUUGGCUUGGAUCUUUUGAUUUUCAGGGAUUCACACGAAGGUUGAAGAGACUUGGUAAAGCCAUUGACCAAGAGUUAGAGAAGAUCAUUGAGGAGCAUGAAAAGGGUAGUUCGGGUGGAUGUCAUGCCUGGGGGGGCCACAGAGAUUUCAUUGACAUAUUACUCUCACUUAUGAACCAACCCGUUGAUCCACGUGAUGAACAGAGCCAAGUCAUGGAUCGAACCAACAUUAAGGCUCUUCUCCUAGAUUCUAUUGCAGGGUCAUUUGAAACCUCUGCAACCGUUAUUAUAUGGGUUUUGUCCGAGCUCUUAAAGCAUCCACGAGUGAUGAGAAACCUUCAAGACGAGCUAAUUAGUGGGGUUGGAUUGAACAAAUUUGUGCAAGAGACCCAUUUAGCAAAUCUAAGUUACUUGGAUAUUGUGAUCAAAGAAACAUUACGAUUACAUCCUCCUGGAGCAAUCGUGACCCGUGAGUCAACAAAAGAUGCCAUGGUUAAUGGUUACCGUAUAAGAGAAAAGACACUAAUCAUAAUAAACUUGUGGGCAAUAGGAAGAGAUCCUAAGGCAUGGUCUAAUAAUGCUGAAGAGUAUUAUCCGGAGAGAUUUAUAACUAACAAUCGUGACUACCGUGGCUACAACUUUGAGUUUAUACCAUUUGGUGCUGGUAGCAGAAUAUGUCCUGGAAUACACCUAGGACUUACUACGGUGAAACUUGUGGUGGCUCAGUUAGUGCAUUGCUUCAAUUGGGAACUACCAUGGAACAUGACUCCAGAUGAGUUGGACAUGAACGAGAAAUAUGGCCUCUCAAGCCCAAGAGCCAAGAACUUGCUAGCUGUGCCAACUUAUCGUCUUACUUGUGAAAUCUAG